AUGGCACGUGGACUGAAUGACACGAACAUUUGUUUAAUCCCUAAGACAACGAAGCCGAGUGAGAUGACAAAGUUUAGACCUAUCAGUUUAUGCAAUGUCAGCUACAAGAUAGUAUCUAAGGUCUUAUGCCAAAGAUUGAAGAAGGUUCUUCCACAGCGGAUAUCAGAGACCCAGUCAGCCUUCGUUGCUGGUAGACAAAUUACAGAUAAUAUCAUGAUAGCUCAGGAGAUGUUCCACGCUUUGAGAACUAAACCGGGAGGACGGGUUAAACGAAUGGCCAUAAAAACUGAUAUGAGCAAAGCAUAUGAUAGGAUGGAGUGGUCAUUCAUUGAGGCAGUCAUGAGGAAGAUGGGUUUUUCAGAAAUGUGGAUUGACUGGAUUAUGAGAUGCAUUACCUCGGUCAAGUAUAAAGUCCUCAUGAAUGGAGAACCGAGGGGUAACAUUGUCCCUGGGAGAGAGCCCUGUGAAUGUGAAGAAUUUAUGAAAGUAGUAAGGAAAUAUGAGAAAUCAUCAGGUCAACGUAUUAAUUUUGACAAAUCCUCAUUACUCUUCGGUAAAAGGGUUCCAGCGAAAGAUAGGCAGCAAAUCAAGGAUACUCUUGGUAUACAAAAUGAAGGUGAGAUGGGCUCAUACUUAGGAAUCCCAGAGGACAUCAGUGGAUCAAAGUGUAAAUUAUUUGCUUUCUUAAAGGACAAGCUCCUACACAGAGUGAAUGGCUGGACUGGUAGAUGGUUAUCGAAGGGAGGAAAGGAGGUUUUGAUUAAAUCAAUGUUGCUAGCUCUUCCGACCUAUGUCAUGUCCAGCUUUCUGCUUCCUUUGGAGAUAUGUGAGAACCUAGCAAGUACCAUUGCACAGUUCUGGUGGAGCUCGAAUCCUCCAAGAAGAGGAAUCCAUUGGGCAAAAUAG